AUGGGCUCCGCGCAUUCCACCAACUGCAAGGCGAAGUCAGUCUGCCAGGACCUCCGCGGAAAGCACUUCGUCGUGACCGGUGCCAACACCGGACUGGGGUAUGCCACCACGCGUGAGCUCGCCAAGAUGGGGGCGGCGGUCACCCUGGCGUGCCGCAGCGCCGAGAGGGGGCAACAGGCGAUCGACAAGAUGAAGGCGGAGGCUCUGGAGAAGCCCGUCAAAGAGGGCGUGGACCUUCUCGAGGGGCUGACCGACGUCGACGUGCGGUUGGAGGUCCUGGACCUGGGGUCCCUGCAGUCCGUGAUCGCCUUCGCCCAGAGGUUCAAGGCCUCGGGCACCAAGGUCGACGUCCUCAUCAACAACGCCGGGAUCAUGGCCAUCCCCGAGCGGCGAGAGACCGUGGACGGCCUCGAGAUGCAGAUCGGCGUGAACCACUUCGGCGGGCACCUGCUGACGAGGCUGAUGGAGCCCUUGAUGAACGACGGCGGUCGAGUGAUCUUCCUGUCGUCCCUGGGGCACAGGCAACCCCCCGGCCAGGCCAAGGUCACCCUGGACUUCGACAACGUCAACUACGAGAAGCCGGACACGUACAACAGCUGGAUGGCCUACGGGCGGUCCAAGCUCGCCAACAUCCUGGACGCCAAGGAGUUCGCCAAGCGCCUGGAGGCCCGGGGCAUCAGCACCUACGCGUGCCACCCGGGCAUCGUGAACACGGAGCUCAUGCGGAACAUGACAGACUCGAGCCUGAUGUCUCGCGUGACCCGGCUGACCGCACCCCUGUCCAGAUUCAUCCUGGCUACCCCUCUCACCGGAGCGCUAACCACCAUCCGGUGCGCGGUCGACCCGUCCCUGGCCGGCCCCGAGUUCUCCGGCAAGUACUGGGGCAACAUGAAGGAGGAGACGCCUUCGGAGCUGGCGCUGGAUCCCGCUAACCCGCCCCGGCUGUGGGAGGUCACGGAGUCCGUGCUGGAGGCGAAGCUCGGCAAGAACGUGGACGACCUUCUCCUGUACUCUUGAUUCUAUUUGGCCCAGCCUCUCUCUCUCUCUCUCUCUCUCUCUCUCUCUCUCUCUCUCUCUCUGUGUAUACUUUCCUCUUGUUUUGGGCUGAACGCGAGCUGCGCUGCUGCCCCCCCCGACAGUGACAGUGGCAGGGCUUUCCUUUGUUUGCUGCAGCGACCUUGAUCGUUGUUGCGGGCGCUAGGGAUGAAGCAUUUUGUUUUGCCGGGGUGGGUGGGUGGGUGGGUGGGUAGGUAGGUGAUGGGUGACAAUGGUUUUUCAUAGGAAGCUGAGGGCAAGGGGGUGUGUCGAGCGUGAGAUCAAGAGCAAGACCUCGCGUUCGAGCGUCGGGUCUUCUACCCCGCACGCUAGGCUUUGUCUGUCCCUUCUGCUCUUCUUUUGCUCGUUUUUUUCUCCUUUGCUCCGGCAAGCACCCGCUUGUCGUUUUUGGCCAAUUGAAUGCUCUUCAUAUGCUCGGAAAUAUGAAAUAUGUGAUUACUCGUCAGGACUUGAGUGUUUUGUUGCUUGAGCAGAACGGGCUAUUUAGUAAGGUAAUAUUUCGUAUGAAAAUUUGGGCAUGUUGGAAAGCAUCUGUUCCGGCUCUGCGAGAGAGUAUGACGAGCUGCAUCAUGGAUCCAUUCGUGGUGAUGUGCGGGGCCACGGAUUUGUAUAUGACCACAGUAGUCGCUAUUUUUUUGUUUUUUUUUUCUGAAUAUGACCCAA